AUGCUCACUCCACCAGGCUACCUGGCACCCGCAUUGGAACUGGCUUUUGAACGGAUUGAGACGCUAUUUCCGGUGACACCAACUGUACGUAAACCGUCGCCUGGAGCUAUACGGGACAGUACAUCUUCGUCUGCACGCUUCACUGUCAGUCUAGGAGGCGGGCUGCCUCGGCUGCGAGUUUAUUGGGCAGACACAGGCUGCAGUAUCGAAUCUAGUCUGCACCACCUCUUCCAUUUUCUGCUUGACGAACCAGUGCAUGGCUUCAUCGGACCGGUUUGCGCUUUCCCACUGGCAGCUGUGGCUCGGAUCACUGGAGCUCGAUUUUCUCGCCCCCUCGUAACAUACUCCGGCUUCGAAGUUGACUUUCUUGACAAGCGGCAAUAUGCUCUGAUGACACGGAUUGCUGGUCACCACGGUCAGCUUGCUGGGUUUCUGAGCACACUAUUCAAAACUAUUGGCUGGAAGCCGCGCCGUUUCAAAACAGUAGGUCUGAUGCACGUCAGAGCCCGUGAGCCUGGCCCCGAUUCGCAUCGGCGUCCGGUCCCAAGCAUGUACUCGGGCUCGGACUCAGGACCGAGCAAGACAUCCAAUUCAGGAGAGGAUUCAAAUCGGGAGCCAGCUUCUGACCAAGUGAAUGACCUUGAAUAUGCGCAGAAGAUUGCGUUGCAGGUUCCGCAUUCACUGAAGCCUAGUAUCUUGUCUCUAAAGAAUAAGACUGUAGUUUCUGCCAAGCCUGACAGCGUUUCUGUUUCACCUCAACAACCUCUUUCAAAAUUAGACAUUGAUAAAACCUUUGAAGGAAGAGAGGAAGAUGGAAAGGAGAGGCUAUAUCGUCGCCGAGUGUUUCAAACGGAGAAAACUUCACCGCCUAUAACAACAGGACAGACAGCAAGUACAAUGAAGGAUCAGCCGCCGGACACAAAAGUUCACUUCUUCGUUGCCAAGGCGAUCUUACAAUCACGCAUGGAUUUUGGAGUGGAGGGCGUGAUCGUAGAUCGGGACGAUGCCGAAAUCCAGGAGAAAUUGCAUCUGGUUUCGCUGACUAGCCGCAGUAAGUAG